AUGAGGAUCAACCGCAACGCCGUACUGGUGGGCCGUAGGUCCGUGCUGGUGCCGUAUCGCAAGCAGCAUGUACCGCGUUAUCACGAGUGGAUGAAGGACCCGCUCAUCCAGGAACAGACCGCCUCGGAGCCGCUCUCCCUCGAGCAAGAGUACGAGAUGCAGCAGUCAUGGGCCGUCGACGAGGACAAGCUCACGUUCAUCAUUCUCGCACGCCCCGAUACCGGCUCAAACGAGAACGAGAAUGAAGAUAAUGACACUAUUGAUCCCCUGUCCAAGUGCACCAUGGUUGGCGACGUCAACAUCUUCUUCAACGCGCGGCAUGAAUCCGAUGAUGAAGACGAAGAACAAGCACACAAAGACGUUUCUUCCCAACCAGCAGACAUUUACGAUGCCGAGUGUGAGAUCAUGAUCGCAGAGCACGGCUAUCGUCGCAAGGGUAUCGCGCGCGAAGCACUCAAGAUGAUGUUCGAAUAUGUCACCGCUGCACCAACGCCGUCCGCCGAAUCUGAGAAGAUGCCUCAAGCCGACAAGUCGAGCUCGCACUGCAGCCUGCCUAUCCCGCCAGAGUGGCUCACAUGCAAGAUCUCUCUGACCAACCAAGCCUCCAUCCAGCUGUUCGAGUCGCUCGGUUUCACCCGCCAAUCCGUUAGCGAGGUGUGGCAAGAAGUCGAGAUGCGCCUCACCGACACCUCUCGCGCUCUUCCCCGUCAGGACGCCAGUGUCUCACCCGCUUCAAACAUGUCCAUCCGGAAAAUGCUACUCUGGCCAGAAGAGUAG